AUGAAGUUCUUAAUCACUUCUACCAUCGCUGCCCUCGCUACCCUCUCUUAUGAUACCAACUACGAUGUGGGAUCCAACUCACUCAACACGGUGGCCUGCUCAGACGGCUCCAAUGGUUUGGAGUCGCGUGGCUACACUACUUUCAGCUCUAUUCCCAACUUCCCUUACAUCGGAGGUGCACCCCAGAUCACGGGCUGGAACUCAGCAUACUGUGGGUCGUGCUGGGAAAUCACCUACUCCAGCUCGUCGGUAACUACCACUAAAUAUGUUACCGCCAUUGACGUUGGUGAUGAGGCACGGGGUGGGUUCAACCUGUCACUUGAGGCUAUGAACGACCUCACGGGUGGACAGGCAGAGUUUUUGGGGCGCAUCAAUGUUACGGCCACCCAAGUUGAUGAAAGCAAUUGCGGUCUGUGAGACCGUGAAAUUAGGGUAAGCAAUAUACUCUGAGCCCCGUCAAAUACAAAGGCAUCUCGUAUUCACCAGCUUGAUAGGUGUGUGGAGCAUUUUCUUUUCUUUUCUUUUGCAGUUGAUCUUUGGCUUUCGUGUACGGACAAUAUGGGCACUCGCAGAGACGUUGAUCACGAGCAAUACAUGUCUUUUUUUUUGGAACGUUGGUAGUAUACUGGUCUCACACGACCCACGCGUGAAAAAGAGUACCGAUGAAUUUGUAGGAGAACGCGUUGUUUGCAUAUCUAUGUGCGCCCACAGUUCG